GCAAGUUAAGGUGCUCGGUGUGCAAGGCCUGGUAUUGUAGCAAGGAGUGUCAAGUAGAUGACUGGUACUACCACCGACACGACUGCAUCCCUCCACCGCCUCUGGAAGAACCUUGCAAUCAAGUUGAGAGUGUGGGAGAGACUGUGACUGUCAAGGACCAGUCACCCCUCUUGAGUGACAGCAUGCGUGCUGAUGGCAAAGAAAGCAUUUUAAUGCAGUUCUCUGCCUCAUACUUCUCAGACCAGACACAGAAAGCUGCAUCCCCACAGGAAACUGCAGAGAAGGUCUCAUCACCGGAUGCACAACUGCUACAGAAUUCUAUAAAUAAUGAAACAGUAAAAGAAAGUCAUUACAUGCAGUUGAAAAACUGUGAAAGUGUAAAUCAGAGUGAUAAUAACAAGCUGCCAGAAAACUUGAGCUAUGGAAGUAAUACACUGCCAAAUACCUUGAAACAAAAAGUCAUGUUGUGUAGAAAAAAUCUGCAAUCAGCAAUGAGUAAAGUAAGAGACACUCAAAAGUUACCAGUAGGGAGUAGUGAAAGCCAGGAGAUAAAACCACAACUCGCCAGCACCUGUACAAAUAGGAAAAGUGUGAGAUUGACAAAUCCAAUACUAAGAUCUGGCCAACUGCGGAGACCCUUUGAUAAAGUGAAGAGCUCAGUUGGGCAGACGGCUAAUGAUAAUUCUAAGGAAUCUACUGAAGCAUUUGUAAGUUCUCGAGCGAUAACUGACAUGGGAAAGGCAAAUGCUGAGCGUAAUGUGUUUGACAGUGGUAAUUUAAAACUAAAUUGUCACCCAGAAUCUGCUGUACUAAAUGAAAAAAUGCCUCUAAAUAAAACUUCUCUAACUUACUGCAAUACAGAGGACACUCCACAAAACUUAAGGUCAUCGUCUUCAAUGAUACCUUCAUUACACCCUCACUCAUCAACAGCAGGAAAACAAUCCAAUGGUUCUUCCGAGUUAAUGGAAUCUCUACAAAAUACACCAUGUGUCUUGGAUGACUUGAAGUUAGAUAAUGAAUAUAAUGGAGUUGUCAUGCUGGUUGAAGACGAUUGCAUGAAGUUUACUGCUCUUGUUUUGGUUGAUGCUGUUAAAACUGUAGUCUUUGAAGGACAUGAGGUAUUGGCCAGUGUUCCCCAGGACCCAACAUUUAAGCCUGUGGUUGGAUCUCGAGUGGCUGCAGUUUCGUCAUUUGACAAUACCUGGUGUCGUGCGUAUGUGUAUAAAAUAGAAGGUGAGAAGUUCCAUGUGUUUUUUAUAGACUUUGGUAAUAUGGAAACGGUACAUGUGGUUAAACCUCUUCCAGCAGGGCCAUUUUCGGAGUUACCAGGUCUUGCCUUCAUUGCCAAAGUUCAUUCUAAAGUGACACCUGAAAUUCAGCAGCAGCUGCAGACAGUUAUAACAGUAAAUACUGAGAUAAAGUUCAAGGUUGUUGGUAAAAAGUCAAAAUCUCUGAAAGUUUUAUUGUUGCAGAGUUGCUCAGACAGUGUAAUUACAGACUUUAUCCUAAGACCAUGGUACUUCGCUCUUCCUUUGCCACAAGACUCCAAGAUGACGAUGUCAAGGACCACUCCAGUGCAUCUGGCAAAAUUUGAUGUGAAGCCCAGUGCACCAGAGGCUAACUUCUGCCAGGACAGACCAGUAGAUGAUAAGUCAAAAAAGAUAAAUUCUGAACAGAUACCUUUAAAUUCAUCUUCUAAGGCAAACCUCACAAAACAUACAGGAUUUGUUCCGCUUUCCGCUCGGAGAUCUGUGGCAUUGAAGAGCUCGUGUCCAAUUGGUGAACGUGCUAAAAGCGUACCAGGUGUUAAUGUUCUUGAGCAAUGUUCUCUUAAGAAUCAACCAGAUAAUGUAAGAGGGCAGAAAUUUAUAGGCAACGAGUCUUUGAAAAUUAAGGAUAACAAAUCUUCAUUGCUAAGCUUGCCUCCAAAAACCUCCACGGCUAGAGAGAAGUUUUGGGCUCGAGACCUUGGCAAGAUAGAGUUGAAAUGCGACCACGAUUAUAAAGUGCUUCCGGUGUCGGUUGACGCAGAAAAUCACCUGUACGUGCACAUUGUAACAAACAAGUCUAUUGGGGACUUUCAGCAGUUGAUGGAAAGCAUUACAAUACAUUGUGAGACAGGAACUGCACCAUCUGAUUUGGAAGUUGGAGAGUUAGUGUGUGGUUUUGUGGUUGGUGAUGGACAGUGGUACCGUGGUGAGGUGGUCAAGAUUGUGGCUGAACUUGUAACGUUGCUCCUAGUUGACUUUGGCUACGAGGAGAGUGUUCUUCUGGUCAACGUCAGGGAAUUUUCUGCCAAUUUUAUGAAGUUUCCUUGUGUUUGUGUCAAGGUGAAACUACAUAAUGUAUCAAAAGAUGACAGUGAAGCACAGAGGAAAAUAUCUGAAUUGAUUAAAUCAUCACCACAACUGAUCAUGUAUUGUCGAAGGAAAGACUGUUUUGAAUUUCAUCUUUUUGAUGUCCAGAACAAUGUGGUGUUGAAUGAUGAGCUCUCAUCACAUAAAAGAACACCAGUUUAUCAAGAGACCUCAUCAGCAGCAUCUUCUCUUCUGGUAAGAAAACUCCCUCAAGAAGACAUCAACGCCGCCAACAAGUGUUCUUCCUCUUCAAACAUCACUAAUUUCCAGUCCUCGACAAAUCCUCUUGACCAAAAAAAGUCAUUCCCUAAAACAGGGCCUUUCUCUCCACGAAACUUCCCUGAAUCCAAGAAGUUGUCCAUUCCUACUGAUUCAGUAUCUUCAGUAAAGCAGAAUACACCUGAAAAAUUGCCCAUGGAAGCUCGGCUAACCACGAGUCCUGCAACAGACUUGAUCCACAGUAUGGCUAAUAAAAACCUCUGUAACCCUUCCAGUGCUUCAAAUGAUACACCUUCAUCAGCCAUCCAGCUAACCAACCCAAAGGCCAUUGUUCAACAGAAUAAUGAAUGUGAUAGUUUUACUAUACCCACAAGGGAGAGCAAAGGUAUCGGGCGUAAGGUGCCAAUGUAUGAUACCUGUAAGAGCACGGUGCUUCCUAUAGCCAAAGGUGUGGAAGUUGUUCUUAUGGAAGUUAGUGACGCUCUCAGCAUAUUUGUCAUUCCAAAGGCCUCUCUAUUUCUGUUUGAUGAACUGGAAGACAUGACGACAUCCAUAACCAACUACUGCGAGAGCCGCCCCAACUCUUUGUACAGACCUAAGAUUGGAGAAAUGUGCCUGGGCAAGUUCAGCGAAGGCAAGAUCCUUCUGGAUCUCAGUGAACUGCAUCACAAACGUUUGGACCAUGUUUCACUGCGUAAACACUUAUAUUCUCUGCAGCGUUGCUAUAUUUUAGUAAUACCACAUUAA